CAGAGUACUUUCGCUUCAUUUUAUAAACAAUAGAUAUUAUUUUGCGCACAGUUAAUCUGCAGUUUUCGUCCAAGAACAAGUUUACCAUCGAGACGAUAGUGUUUAUUAAGUUUCAUUCAACAGAGUAAUGGCUUCCUUUGAUCGUUCAGAGAAUGAGCGUCCCAGCGAUGUGGUGCAUAAAUAUCCAAUCAGACGUCUUGAGCCAUCAAUUAAAAAAUUCAUCAAAGUGUUGGAGAUAGAUCUAGAUCGGCUACACCGACAUGGAAUGAACAUGCAGAAGUUCAUAACCAUAGAAGAUUGGGUCGGCCUGAACAAGGAACAGAUCAAUGCGUCGAGGACGAUACAGCAAAUUAAGGCCAAUAUUCGUGAAAUCGAGAAGGCGAGGAAGCAGACGUGCGAUGACGACCUCCGUCUGUUUGAUGAGAAGGUGGAGGACAUGAAAGUGAGGGCACUGGAAGCUGUUCAGGAAUUCAUACAGAGUGAGCCAGAGUCAACACCAACUUCCUUACUGAUAUCAAAGCAAGAUAAAUGUGAAGUCAAACAGACACGUCAAAGUUUGCCCUGCAAUGACGAUUUUUCCGAUCACACAGUGAGUCUUCCAGUUACAACCGGUCAGUUCCAGUUACAUCAAGAACUGCAUGUGGUUCCGGAGAAUUCAGAGGCAGCUGCAUCAUGGGAAAAUUUACAAGAGAGUUUGGAGGAAUUAAGUUUAUUAGUAAACGACUUUGCUCAAAUGGUGGAUAGUCAGGGUGAGAAGCUGGACAACAUCGAGGGCAACAUUGAAACAGCCGCGAUCCGCAUCAACGAGGGAACCAGGAGUCUCGGAACAGCAGCAAAGAUUAAAGCAGUUGCGUUUCCUGUAACGGGUGCUCUGAUUGGUGGAAUCGCUGGCGGACCGAUUGGUUUUUUAGCGGGAGCCAAGUUGGGUUUGGCUGCUGCUGGGAUAGGCGGCAUUGUUGGAUUUGCAGGUGGAAGAUUACUGAAGAAUCGCCAACAGAAGGUGGUUGAGUUGGAGAUGAGUAAAAUGACCGCCAAACGCUCGACAUCUUUACCCGAGAUUGUUGAAGACAAAAACCCACUCUCUCGGUUUUUCAGCUGGUUUCCAGGAAACGAAACGAAACCGAGCACAACUCGGCCAGUUUCAGAGUCCGACACUGAUGCAAUAAAAUAACAGUGUCGAUUGGGAAAAAAGUAUUUUAAAAUUGUAGUAAUGAAUAUUAUGAGAUU